AUGGCCGUGCUACCAGAGGCAUUUGCUCGCGGACGCGCGAAGCCGCAUCGCGCAACGCCACGACUGGCGCCGCCUUUGCGCCGACUAUUGACAGCGGCGCUGCUCUUGGGAGCUCCGUUGGUGGCCACUGCGCAUACCUUUCCAUAUAAUCCCACACAGAUCUUUACGCCCAGUGUGUGCUUCAACCAGAGUACAUGUCACGGAGCGGACGUAGCCUACAUCUUCACCCAAGACAGCGACGAUCACGUACAGUUCCUAUCACUCAACAUUUCGAGCACGAUUGGCGCAGACACAAAGCUGAAUCUUGUAUCGACAUAUCUACCCUUCUUGGGCGGAAGCAAUCCGCUCAACGCGGCAUUUGGCGCUGUAAGAACCGAAGAUGGCUCCGUACUGGCAUAUGCUGGAGCAUGCGAUCAGGGACCAGGAAACGUUUGGACCUACGGGGAGGGAGAUGGCGGUAAUGCAACGUGGGUAAAGCAGGCAACCACUUUGGGUAAAUUGAAGCAGAGCGCAUCAAGAGGGCCGUAUUUCCUUGGCGGAACAAUUGCUUUUUCGGCCACACUGGCCCCUUCGCUCGACGAGCCGACGAUUUAUACUUAUGGCGGCAUGUGCGAUACGCCCUCGGACAACUCGACCGGUUGGCAGGCCGAGGCAGACUAUACCACGAGUAUGAUGACGCUUACCCCGACCGACAGCAGCCCUUCUUCAAAAUCCUACGUCCAAGGCAUCGCGUCAAGCACUGGGCCUAAAACGCCCAUUGCCGGAUUCAGCCUCACCGCAUUGCAGAGCUCAAUGAGCAAUAACUCUGGCACGGUCACACAGCAGACCGCGUAUGUUGUCAUCGGCGGCCACACCCAGCAAGCCUUCAUUAACAUGAGUACCGCUGCUGUGUGGAGUCUGCCCGAAGAAUCCUGGUCCUAUAUCAACAUUCAGCAGCCGGCCGAUAAUGCCGACGGCGUAGACAGCAGAUCUGGUCACACGGCCAUACUGAGCGCAGAUGGACACUCAAUUAUCGUUAUGGGAGGCUGGGUCGGUGAUGUGAAUACCGCGGCGGAUCCACAACUUGUAGUGCUGGAGAUGAGCGAAACAUAUAGCUCCUGGGCAUGGACCGUACCGAAGCAGCAGCCCAACUUUGGCGGCAGUGGCAUUUAUGGGCACGGGGCGGCCAUCUUGCCGGGAAACAUCAUGAUGGCAUAUGGAGGGUGGCAGAUUGGCGGUUCCAGCUCGUCAAGCAAAGUGAAGCGACAAUCCAGCGUCACCACCUCGCCGCAGUUCUUAAACUUGACUGACAUGACAUGGUCGACCACCUACAGCAAUCCUACGGGAGGCAAGACCCCUGGUAAGACCCCCGGCGGCGAUACCUCUAGCUCGACAAGUGAUGCAGCCAAGUCAAAAAUCCUAGGAUUGAGUCUUGGGUUUGGUAUUAGUGGCGGAGCUCUCCUUAUUAUCUUGGCUGUCGCCGGUUGUUUCUGUUGGCGUAAGAGACAGAGGAGAAGAGCUGCUCGCGAAGAGACGAUCAGGGCCAUGGCCCAGGACGCGAGCAUGUUUGUCCACGAUACGUCCGAGAUGGCUCAGCGGGAUGAUAACUUUCCAUGGGGCUAUCGCAGUUGGUAUUCCAAUGGGCAAGAUCAGUAUCAGCUUGGCGGAGAUGAUCGGUCUCUCGGGUACGAGGGCAUGCGCGGCUCAUAUGGCGGCUAUGCACCGGUCGUACCUGGAGUUGCGAGAAAGCCAGUCUCUAGGCAGCUUCGUGGCGGUUAUAUGCCGGCGAAUACUCAGAAUAGCUUCAUGCCUACUCCUGGUCAAAUCCACCCUAUCAUGGAGGAUGAGGAAGAAGACUUGGCUCAUCAGCGUGUUCAUCCUAUCGAAGUCACUACGCCCACCUCGGAAGCAUACUCUGAUCCAUUCCUCACACCAACCGUUGCCGUGGCUUCAGGGGCUCUCCCAGUGUUCCAGCCACCGCCUCCUGGACAAAGCACCGCUGAUCCAAACCCAGAUAGCUCAUUUCAACACGAUCCGGAUGUGCAGGAUUGGGUUUCUGAUGUUGAUGCCGCCGAUGCGAUGUUGGCGAGAUAUAAUAGCACACGCCAAGGCCAGGGUCGUGGGUCUCCCAUGAGGCGAAACUCCCAGCGUUCGACUGGCAUGCGAGACGAAGAUCUCCGCACCGAUUCCGCUCUAUCGGAAUCGAAUCGUAGUGGGGGAGAUGGUCUGGGACGAUCCAGCUCCGGUCGAUGGUCCGCGAUUGUUGCCAGUGCUUUUGGGGGUGCCUCAUCAGCUACCACCGAGCCAGGCAAACCAGGCAGCUCCUCUUCGAGCAGCUACAACACAGCAAAAUCAGGGUUCGGCGCUUUGCAGGCGGAGGGCCCCAACCUGUUGCUCGGUCGUUCCACGCCUCAAAGUCCAUUCGACGAUGAAGAGCCACCCAGCUCACCGUCAAAAUUCAAGCCUCGGCGAAAUUGGCUAGGCUCCUUGAGACGCGUCUUUUCUGGCGCGGAGUCUAAUUCAGGCGACUUAUUAUCUCCCAGAGACAGGUCUCCUCAGAGAGAAAUAUCGACGGAUAUGCUGAGCAACGAUUAUGAGACACCGCUCACAGCCAUAGGUAGCGAGAUUCUUAGAAGGAAGCAAGGCCGCCAAGACUGGGAAGGUGCGGAAGCUGGCAGUGCUGCGGGGAGAGAAAACGAAUGGGACAUUGAAAGGGCUGUGGAGAACCGCCUUGUGCAGGUCAUGUUCACAGUCCCCAAGGAGCGCCUUCGUGUCGUGAAUGGCGAAGAUUUUGACGAUGGAACCAGCACCGACGAAAGAAUACCUCUCCACAUGCCGCAGACGGCAGAGCUGGUUGAUAUGGAUAAGAGGUCAUCGCAAAUCGAUCCUUCGCUUCGUAGCGCCAGCAAGCUCAGCUCGCAUCUGGAUGACGAAGGCGGCGGUGUACCUGUAGAUGAGGGAGAUCGCGACGACGGCUUCCUGAGAAUCAACCAGGACGAUUACGAGGAGAGGAGCGACCGGGACGACAGAAGUGAGAGACCGCUCUCUAUCGCAACAGAUGUGUCGUUUGCUAGAUCAGCGAGCGUGUAUACGGCCGAAGCCAUGACUUUUGAGCGUCCCAAGACGAGAGUGCUGCAGAUGGUUGAUCGCAUCGAGAGUUUCGGCGCCAGCAAUAGUAACGACAACAGCCCUUCAGUGAGCAGGUCAGGAACGCCAGCAUUGCGAAGCAUCAAGAGCAAAAAGUCUAUGCGGAGUCAAGAGCAACUGAGACGGCAUCAGUAG